UCUAGAUGAUUACACACGUACAAAGUUAACUUGAGUUCAGGCAAUUGAGCAUGCAAAGUUGGUUGGAUCAUAAGUGAAGUAGUCUUGACGAAAUAUUCUUACAUAUUUUGUACACCGCUUUCAUUAUCUGUCAUCUGGUAGACCUGUUUUGAUUGGUUGUUAAUUAAAUUACCAUGUCCUCUUUCAAGAGCCCUCGUGAUGGUAAUGGGGGAAUGGUUUUUCACACUCCGAAAACCUACAGCCCUAGGGGUAGACCUUCCCCGACUCCAUCAAAGACGGAACUUAUGAUGGCGGAGCUAGGCUUUUCAGCUGAAGACACUACAAGCUACACAGAGAGCCUGGCAUCUGAUACCGACACAGAUUCCGAGGAAGAACUUGUAAAAGAUGAUGCAACGGUAGCAAAGUAUGAAGCAAUGAAGAAAGAAAUAGAGGGACUAAAUAGUCAACGAGAGGAGCUACUACUCAAAGUAAAGAAUUUCCGAGAAAGUACAAAAAAAUAUAAAUCGCGAUGUGAAAAAGAACAAAAUAGUAAAUGGCAACAAAUCAAGAUCAUGAGGAAAACGCAUGAGACCCACUUGGAUGACAAGAGAUCCGUCAUCAAAAAUCUACAAGAUGUCAUUGAAGAACAAGAAACCAGGAUCUAUGAACUUGAAGGUGAAGUGAAAGAUAAAAGUACGCUGUCUCUUAUACAACCAAAGACUGAGAAAGUUUCAAUGAUCAUUCAACAAUUGACUGAUGACCUGGACAAGCAACACACAGAGAAUGCCAAGCUAAGAGGCCAAGUUCUUUCCUUAGAAAAUGAUGUUUCAAAUCUACAGAAAGAUUUUGAGGAAGAACGGCAGGAAUUAGAAGAUGAAAUAAUGUCAGCAAGGAAAGAAGUGAAUGGAACAAAAAAUGAAAAUAUUUCAAAUGGACAUCGUGAGAUUGUUCGUGGGGUAACAGACAGUGAGAAGGAAGUCCAGAAGCUAAAGUUGGUAAACAUAAACCUUAAGAAAGAACUUGAAAGCGCCAGGCAGGACAGAGAAGAAGUUCACAAACUGACAGUGGCAAAUGCUCAGUUACAGCAAGACCUUACCAAUGCCCACAAAGAGAACAAACAUGUGCAGAGUCUGAAAAGUUCCAUAAAAAAAUUGGAAGAACAACUGUCUGGGUCACAUAAAGAGCUUAAUGAGGCUAAAAAAGAAUCUGGAGAGAUUAAGAAACUCACCGAGAACAAUGCUCAACUGGAAUUGGCACUCAGUACUGCUCGGAAAGAUAGCAAACACGCUCAGAAGUUACAGAAUUCUGUGACAAAGCUGGAAGAACAGCUGUUGAAUAUUCAAAGAGAAAAGGCGGAGAGUAUAGAAAAGAUUCAUGUUCUGAAGCAGCAGUGUGCUGAUAAAGUCGAUGCUGACAAAUUCAAGGUACUAGAAACCGAGAAUGCAAGGUUGCGUGAUCGCAUCUUAAAAUUAGAAACGCACGAGGCACACUUAAAAGAAGCAACGGUAGAAAUUAACACACUCCAGGGCCAGCUGCAAGCAGUGCAUGAUGAAUUGGAACACUUGAAAGAAAACCCAGAAGUUGUUACCAAGACUGUUACUGUGGAAUCGGAAGUCGCUAAGAAGCAGCUAAGUGCGUCCCAAGCUCAGGUAAUCAAGCUGAAGAGCCAGUUAAAACAGUUGAAGAACCUGUAUGCCGACACUGAGAGCCAGCUUAAACAGACCAGGCAAGAAAGCCUACUCCUUGAACAGAAGAUUGCAUCUCAAGCUCAGGAGAUGGUUCAAAUAAAGCGACAAACUGAAGAACAAGUUGAGGAACUCCUACUCAGUAAAGAGGAAGCAAUUGCAGAAAACGAAGCAGAGUCUGAGGAAAAAGUUCGCAUGAUGCAAGACCGAUUUGACAGCAUGCACAGAAAAUUCCAAGAGAUCCGACCAGGGCUGCUGGAUCUUGCGAAAGAGUACAAGCAGUUGAGGCAACUUUGUAGCAAGUUCCCAACAAUGCUUGCCAACGCGAUCCAGAAGACCAAACAGGAGAUCGGACAAGCCAUUGCAGGAAUUGAUGACAACAACAAAGAACUUGUACGCAAAUACAAAAAGGAGAUGACUUUGAGAAAGAAGUACCAUAACGAACUUGUGGAUCUGAAAGGGAACAUCAGAGUGUUCUGUCGCGUACGCCCUAUUAUUAAGGAAGAUGGCAGCGGAGCAAAUGCACGAAAUGUGGUUUCCUACGAUAGAGAUGAUGAUGGUCUAAUCUUUGUGACAAAUAAAACUCGGCAGUCUUCUUAUGAGGUGGACAAAGUCUUUGAAGCUACUUCCACACAGGAGGAGUUGUUUAAAGAAGCUGAGUCUCUCAUCAUUAGCAGCAUUGAUGGUUACAAUGUUUGCAUCUUUGCUUACGGACAAACUGGUUCUGGAAAAACAUACACCAUGGAAGGUCCAUUGACAGACCCUGGACUCAACCAGAGGGCGCUCCGACAGCUCUUUCUUGAAAUUGAAGAAAGAGAGAAAGAGUGGGAUUAUACCAUUUCUGUUAGUGUCAUGGAAAUUUACAAUGAAACACUACGGGACCUUUUAAGUAGUGAUCCAGCUCAAAAGUUAGACAUUAAGAUGAGUCCAGAGGGCGGUCUCUAUGUACCAGGGCUAACAAUGACUGAAGUAAAAUGUGUGGAAGAUGUUAACGAUGUUUUUAAGAAUGGCAAGAAAAACCGUGCAACGGCCUGCACGGAUAUGAACGAACACAGCUCUCGGUCCCAUGCUUUGCUGUGUGUGUCUAUAUUGGGGAAAAACAAGACAACUGGAGUAAGAAGUAAUGGCAAGUUAAACUUAGUAGAUUUAGCUGGUUCAGAACGUGUUGAUAAAUCUGGCUCAGGGAACGAUACAACACGUUUAAAAGAGGCUCAGAACAUCAACAAAAGUCUCUCAUCACUGGGCGAUGUCAUUCACGCUCUGAGAAACAAACAGAACCAUAUUCCAUAUCGUAACUCAAAGCUCACCUAUCUACUACAAGAUUCACUAGGUGGUGAUAGUAAGACGUUGAUGGUUGUACAGGUGUCUCCGGUCUUCAAAAAUGCGAGUGAGACUCAGUGUAGUCUGAACUUUGCUCAGCGUGUGCGUUCGGUCGAACUUGGGGCUGCUACCAAAAAAACAGACAGUGCAGAAGUUGCAGUGCUUCGGGAGAAGCUCGCACAAUAUGAGGAUGUUCCAACCUAUUCUUCACCAUCACGCUUGAGGACACCUACCAAAAGUCGUGCAACACCAAAGAAAUAAAAAAACAGUAUUAUUAAAUGUGUCUCUGUUUUCCAUUGUCCAACGGCAGGUUACAGAUCACUGCACAACUCAGCGAAGAAUGUCAAAUAAAAAAUGUGUGUACUCAAUAUAAUAUAUCAUUCAUAAUCAUUAAUAAUUAUAAAAAUGUCUUUUCCAUAAAAAAUACUAUACAAUUAUGAUAUUCACAAUAGUUUUCUCAGUAUUAUAUCACGACUGGUUUUUCAGAGGGACCUCACUCAAAAAUGGCGUUCGGUCGAAACACACACACCAUUAGGCAAAUUUAAGGGGGCCCAGCUGGCCCAGGUACCCUGCCCCUAAUGUUUUGAAAAUUAUAAAAAUAAGAAAAUUAUAUUCAAAUUCAAGUCUGAGAGUGCCAUCUCAGGCCAUCUAGAGGUGCCAUAAACAUAAAUUCCCUUUCCUCAACCCCAGCCAUGGUGGGGCAGAGAUCGUAGCCUGUAUCUGUCGAAGUCCCUUCCUGGGCCCCACUAUUUUGAAUUCCUGGAUCCGCCACUGGAAACCUUUGUGAUCUGACUCUUGGUUCUUUAUAAUAUUAGUGUUCCUUGUAAGGCCAUGCAUGGUGAUCUAUAGAGCACCAUGCAUGGCCCUUUGUAGUGUGCUGUGCAUGUGGUCCUAGAAUGUACCAUAAAGGCCAUAGCAACCUUAUCUACAACACAUAAACUGACAUUGUCAUUAAUAUAAUCUGUUGGGAAAAAAUAUAAAAUGCACAAUUUAAGGUUUAAAUAUGGUGCAAUAAAUGUAUAUAUAAUGCUGAUCGACGGUUCCUGAUGAAACAUUUCUGGAUGAAGAAACAAAUGUAAAUAUCAACAUGUGUAUAGAGAUAGAUAUUUAAAAUUUUAUUCAACCACCAGAAAUAAUAUUGUUGUCAAAAGAUAUAUCUAUGAUUGUAGAUGUAGAUUGCUUACUAAUUGAGUUUUAUGAGUAUGAAUAUUAAAGUACUGUAUAUACUCGCGUAUAAGGCGAUUUGCUUAUGUGACGAUCCCCAAGUUCAAGAACAUUUUUAGACGAUUUUUGUAUGUCAGGCGUAUAAAAACAACCUUCUCAUUUCAUCGUCAGAAUUCCUAAUUUUUGCUGCAUUUUAUGGUCUUCAUACCCGCAUUCAGCUGUUUGAAAAUGUAGGGCCAAUCUUCCAAAUACCAUUUGACAGGGCUUUUAAAUGUUCAUCAAAAUCUCAUUUCCUCGCAUUUAUUGCGUUCAUUUAUACUAAAAGUUAGUAGCUCCAUUUAAGUAGAAAAUAUGCGUAUUACAGACACACAAGACGAACCUGAUUUGAAAAUUAAAAAAAUAUUUGUAUGUGUUGCGCGUAUGAGACCCCUGUUCUUUUGAAAAGUAAUUGUAUUUUAAGCUUUGUCUUAUAUGUGGGAAUAUAUAGUAACAGGGGUCCAAAGUGGCGUAUCAAGUCUUGAAAUGGAG